AUGCGGCAUCAUCUCAUUGAUGGUCUUAAAGAUCAGUACAUGACAAUCGAGAAUCCACUAGAUCUUUGGAUGGCUUUAAAGAAUAGAUACGAUCACCACAGGAUGGUGUUGCUUCCUAAAGCAAGGCAUGAUUGGAUGCAUCUAAGAUUCUUAGACUAUAAGUCGGUGGAUGAUUACAAUUCAGCUCUAUUCAAGAUUGUCUCAAUACUAAAGUUGUGUGGUGAAGAGGUAACCGAUAGCAUGAUGCUUGAGAAGACCUAUACUACCUUUAAUCACUCAAACUCCGUGUUGCAAGAGCAAUACAGGACAAAGGGUUUUGCCACAUACACUGAUCUGAUCUCUUGCCUACUCCUGGCCGAGGCAAACAAUGAACUCCUACUAAAGAGUAACGGAGUUAGACCGGCCGGGACAGCACCACCACCCGAAGCCCAUGAGGUUGAGAAGAAGGAUCCCAAUGAGACAUACUUUGUCCAAGACAAUAAGAAACCAUACGGCAAUAGCCGUGGUGGAUUCAAGAGGCGUGGACGUGACAACUCAAACGGUCGAGACGGCUACUCGACCGGCCGGAAAGGAAACCACAAUAACCGUGGUCGUGGUUCCAAUUACGGCCGGGGACGAGGCAGCUACGGCCGCGGACGAGGUGGCAUAUCCAAACCAUCUUACACGUCCAACAAGUCUCUAUGCCAUAGAUGCGGAAGUGAUAAUCAUUGG